CUUCGUUGUAUCAUCGCAUAUUCUCAUUUCCCCAUUGCAAUAAUCAAGAGCGGACUUGCGUAUACGCCCUCCUCCAGAAAUUCUAUUGGAGUGUAAAUUUGUCUAGGAGGAUUGGGAAGUCCUACGGAGCAGGCCAACAACAACCUAGACAAACCUCGGCCUCGGUCUUCGGCCGACCGAUAACAAUAUAUCCAAGCUUUGAAGGGUUGGCAUACCUUGUUGUAAUUGCUAUACAAAAGCUUGUAUGUGCAAAGGGAUGGGCAUAUAUAGUAGCUGUUAAGGACACUCGGAAUUUGAGAAAUUCGUGGAGCUCGCUAAAUUAAUAAAGCUCAGUUAAGGUUGAUGCAGCAACCAAGACCUGGACCGCCUCAUCCGUAUAGCCCCAGUUGAAGUAAAGCCUCCGAGCAAACAACGUGCAUCGUGAAGACAAAAAUGACGGGAAAACACUCACCCACUCAUACGCAAGAACCACCUUUACCCAUCCCUCCUUAUCUUCGGUCAUCUAGCCGACACCAUUCCCACUCCUCCGUCUGUUCUCAACAGAGUAUACACAGCACUCAUCAGUCUCACCAGUUGCACCCAUUCCAUCCCCAACAGCACGAAUUCGUACCGACUUUUGAUUCGGAAGGUCUGACUGGCACAGCGCUCUACGAACGCGCUUUAUUCGAAGAUGCCGUCUCAUUCUCUUCCACACCAAAUGCGAACUCUCGCUCCUCCAGCCGUGGACCCCCCCUUCCUGCUUCCUUCUUCGAUGAAACUCCGCAGACUUCUCAUGAGCGCCACCAUGAUAGUUUAUCAGGUGCAAACUCCGAGCAUGAACUAGACCAUACCCCAACCGGAACACCCACAACAGAGGCGUCCUUGUUUAAUUGGGAGACGGUUCGGGAAGGGUCUAUCGCUCGUCGACCGAAAUGGCGACGUCCUUCCCCAAAGUGGGUGUACCCAGUGAUCAUGGGUAUGGCCGUCAGCCUUGGGAUGGGGACCCCGCCAAGGAGUGAGUUGUAUGUCAGUCUUGCUUGUAUGGCCCAUCCACCAGCUGCAAGGCAGGAGGUUGUAGUAUCUGCUCAAACCUUUAUCGAGGAACAUGAGAAAAUACUUAAAUCGGAGGAGUUGGAAUGGGUGAGUGCGCAUAACGGGGAGGUGGAAAUGCAUAAUGGUGAAGAAGUCGUUUUCAUCCCUGUCGAUCAGUACCGUGGACAACGGAUAAUCGACCCUACCAUUGUAGAUACUCUCACCACCAACGUCACUCGCCAAACAGAUCUUUCUCCAGCGGACAAAUGGUUCAUCCAUCUCCAACACGAGAUAUACGAGUAUCGCCGUAACCAUCCUCCUCAUGCUGAGCGGAACACCGAACCAGGUUCGGCAGGGCCUUUGCCUGGGCCCAAGCAGCCUAUCGGCGAUGACUCGGGCCGAAACACUGGAGAUGGCAAGGGUGAGGACAAGGGAGAAGAUCAUAGCGACAAGGAGGAAGGAAGGAGAGGAGGACCGUUCAGGGAGAUUGACCCUCAGUUGUGUAAAAAAGACCCCAAGGUACAAGCAGCAGCUGCGAAACUGACUAUGACAUUGACCCUUACCAUGGGUUUCUUAUCGGCUCUUACCACAGGCUUUUGGGGAGGCACAUCCGAUAAAUGGGGGAGGACAAAGGUUAUGGCUGUGGUAGAAGUUGGAUUAUUCCUCAACGAGCUAUGUUUCAUUCUCGUUGCUAACUUCCCACACCUUGCACCCGGCGGUUACCGUUCUCUCCUUAUCGGACCUACUGUUGAAGGUCUUCUCGGCGGGUUCUCUACCAUUACAGCAACAGUCAACGCUUAUCUAUCUGACAUCACCCCCGAUGGAAGCAGGGUGAUGUCUUUCUCGAGGGCGAUGGGGUUCAUGAUGGCUGGGUUCGCUUGUGGACCGGUUUUGGGUAGUAUACUUAUCCAAUCUACGGGUGACAUUAUGACUCCAUUCUAUAUCAACCUCAUUCUUUAUUCCCUUUCCAUCCCACUCGUCCUCUUUCUCCUCCCCGAAUCCCUCUCUUCCGACGCCCGACUCAUCCUCGCGAAGAACGCUCGAUUGGCAGAGGACGCUGCUGCGCGACGCGAAGCAGCAGAGAUAGAGUGGGAAGAUGAAGCGCCUGUUUUGCCAAGGGUGAGGGUGAAUGAGAGAGGAGAGCAUGUAGAGGACGAGGAAGAUCCUCUUAUUAGUGGCCAGUCUUUACGCUCAAAUGGAAUGGGAGGCCAGUCAAAGAGAAGGAAGAAAAUGGUGGGGACUAUCAAAAGGCUGGGGAAGAAAACUACUGCGUUCUUGGCCCCCUUGGGUAUUUUCUUACCGAAGCUUGUGGAGGAAGAUGAAAAUGGAGACGGAGACGGAGAAAUCAGGCUAGGUGGAAGAGUGAGGAGGGAAUGGAACAUGACUGUUAUGGGAAUGGGUAUGUUUUUGAUGUCGAUGCUCUAUGGUAUUUUAUUGACAAAAACGCAAUACUCAUUUUACGCCUAUGGUUGGACAUCCGCACAGCUUGGGCCAUACAUGUCUGCGGUAGCCUUCCUCCGAAGUUUCAUCCUUAUCGUCCUAGUUCCAGUGAUAACGAAAUAUGUCAAAUCCCGCCUUAAUCAAUCGCACAUCGCACCCAAGUCUGCCGAACACGAAGCUGAAGAUGGUGGUUCAACUAUCACGACAUCUACUUCCUCUCAAGACUCUUUAUCCUCUCAACCAAUGUCAACCCAUAACUCUUCCCAUGUUCCACCCUCUUCCUCGUCACCCGUCAGUGGUGACGCACACACCAGCCACCUCGACCUCUUUACUAUACGUCUCUGCCUCUUUUUAGAAUUCGUUCCGUGGUUCAUUCUCUCCUUUGGUUCCUCGGAAUCAGCAUUCAUCAUCCUCACUGCACUCGCCACGUUCGGUUCUCCCUCAACACCUGCCGCAAACUCACUUGCGCUCUCGCUCCUUCCCGAUCCAAGCCAAUCGGGCCGCCUCUUUGGUGCUCUAUCUGUCGUCCACGCUCUGGGCGCAACGUUGGUCAGUCCACUCAUGUUUGGCAUGCUGUUCGCCAGUACGGUAGAAUACUAUGCUGCUGCAGUAUUUGCGCUUGCCGCAGCAUGUGUUGGAGGGGCGUUGGUGUGUAUGUUGUGUGUCAGAAUUCCCGAAUCUGGGUCCCCUUUAUUUCGAAGGGGAAAAAAGGCGGAGGAUAGGGAGCGGGAGAUUAAUGGUGAUGAGUUUGAAAGGGAAGAAGGGAUAGGGGGACGAGGGAGGAACAGGAAAGUGAAAAGAGUUGAGAGUAUGAAUGUUGGAGGCAGUGCCUUUACUUUGGGGUCCUCGUACGAUGGAGAGACUGGAGUCUCCAGGGCGGCAUGAGUGCGCUAGACAGGUUGGUUGUGAUAGAAAAAGCUCGUUGUCUGGGUUGGUUCUGUUUACUGUAUAGAAGCUGCAGUAUGCUACCGACGACUUUUUCCAUAUGCGUCGUUUUUCUAAUACCCAGAGUGAACGUACAGAACAUGAAUAUCUAAUACGACCGUUU